UCGUUUACAGACAGCACAUCAGCAGAUGACAACAACAAAACAGACUGGGCUACUGAGAGGGUGUUAGCUAGUUUGCUAGUUACCUGAAAUAAACAACUGUUGGUUUUGUCCGUGUUACACCAUUUUGGCUGGAGUUUGCUUAAUUACACUUUUUAUACAGCAAUAUGGUUCAUCUGUGUAACUAACCAUGGUUGUCAGUUUUUGUAGCCUAAUGUAGUUCAGCUAACGUUAGCUAAGUGGCUUGCUAAGCUAGCUCUAUGUAUGCCAAGCUAAAACUGGUUAGCUAGCUAGCUUAGUUGCUAGCUUGUUAGCUAGCCAACUCGCCUAGACGAGGUGGAGACCAAGAACAGGGAGAUGCGAGCAAAGUGAGGGUGGCCUUGAAUGACUAAAUGAGCAAGACAGGCAAUUGCGAAGAACUCUGGGAGAUUCAACAUGAAGUUGUAUGUGUUCCAGGUCAACAAUGGCAGCACAUUGACAUUUGACACUGAUCUUGCUGUCCAAACUGUGCUGGAGCUUAAACAUGCCAUCCAAGCCAAAUAUAAGAUUGCAAUUCAACAUCAAGUCCUUGUUGUCAAUGGAGGGGAAUGUAUGGCUGCAGAAAGACGUGUCUGCAGCUACAGUGCUGGCACUGAAACCAACCCCAUAUUCCUGUUCAACAAAGAGAUGAUUUUGUGUGACCGGGAUCCAAUGAUCCCCAAAACCACCUUCUCAAUUGAGAGUGAGAUUCAGGUUAAGGUGGAAGAGUCUCUACUUAUGCCAGCUGUCUUUCACACUGUUGCCUCACGAACACAACUUGCUCUGGAAAUGUUUGAAGUUGCCAAUAAACUUAGCUCUUUCUGUGAACGUUUGGUUCAUGAUGAACACCUUCAACACCAAGGCUGGGCUGCUAUUAUGGCUAAUCUGGAUGACUGCACACUCUCGUAUCAGAAGUUACUCAUGAAAUUUGACACUGCAUACAUAAAUUACCAACGUGACUUGGAAGAAAUUAAAGUGAAACUUACGAAGUUAGGGACAGCAGUUUCUGUAAUGGCGAGGAUACCCCUGCUGGAAUGUUUGACAAGACACAGUUAUAGAGAGAGCAUGGAGAGGUCCAGCUCAACCCCAGGAAAGGAUUCAGAUGAGACGGAAGAAGAAAAAUCCACAGACUCUGUGCGUCAACCUACCGAUGCACAACGGCCUUCCAAGUUAUCAACAUCCUUCUCUGCUUCAGGGGCAGCCACAUGUGAGCCAACUGGAGACCAAGAAACAAAUGAAAUGACUGACAGUGGUGGGCUGAGAGCUGCACUAUUGGAUGAUGACACUCCAGAGUUUGCCAACCCAUCCUCCUUCAAUGUCACACUAUUGGACUGGAUCAAUGUGCAAGACAGACCCAAUGAUGUGGAAUCAGUUGUGAGGAAAUGCUUUGACUCCAUCAAUAGGCUUGACCCACGGAUCAUUCAGCCCUUCCUGGCAGAUUGUCGUGACACAAUCGCCAAGCUAGAUAAUCAAAACAUGAAAGCCAUCAAGGGGCUUGAGGACAGGUUGUACGCUCUAGACCAAAUGAUUGCAAGCUGUAAGAAGUUGGUAAAUGAACAGAAAGAACUUGCUCAGGGAUUUUUGGCCAAUCAGAAGCGUGCUGAAAACCUGAAGGAUACAUCUGUUCUGCCAGAUUUGUGUCUGAGUCACACCAACCAGCUGAUGAUCAUGCUGAACAACCACAGGAAGCUGCUGGACAUCAAAAAGAAGUGCACCACUGCCAAACAAGAACUUGCAAACAACCUUCAAGUCCGACUCAAAUGGUGCUGCUACGUGAUGCUUCAUGCAGACCAGGAUGGCGAGAAACUUCAGGCUCUACUCAGACUUCUGACAGAGCUAAUGGAAAGAGUGAGGGUGGUGGAGGCCCUCAGUACAGUGCCCCAGAUGUACUGCUUGGCAGUGGUGGAAGUCGUCAGGAGGAAAAUGUUUAUGCGCCACUACAGAGAGUGGGCUUAUGCACUUGUGAAGGACGGGAAACUACUGUACGAGGCCGAGAAGUUCAAAAGGGAAUCCUUUGGGAAGCUCUUCAGGAAGUCUUUCCUCAGAAAUCGUUUGUUUAGAGGACUUGAUUCAUGGCCACCAACAUCAUUUUGUACACGAAAGCCCAGAAGGUUUGAUGAUGAACUUCCAGACAUCUCCGUUGAGGACCUGCAGUACUUGAAAUCUUGUUGUCCUUUAGAAGUGCAGCCGUUCCUUAUAACAGAAAACAACUUCAACAAGGCUGUUGAUGGUGUUUCUCACAAGCUUCCCACAAUGUGCGACUUCGAGCCCUUGAAUCGGCAUGUAGAGACACUCCAUCAGCUGGUCCAAGCUGCACAGAGUGUGGAUGAGAUGUCUCAAACUAUUACUGACCUGCUAAGUGAGCAAAGGGUAUCCUAUAGUCAGAGAUCAGCCUUGUUCACCCCACAGUCUGAAAGCAUACCUGGGACUACGACACCGAUGUCCACAAAAACCCCAUCCUCUCUUAGCCUUCAGGGACCCAGCUGCCAGCCUAUACAUGUUCCCGUCCCAGCUCCUCUAGAGGACUUAUCCCCAGACAGCAUAGAUGCACAAACAUUUGACUUCGAAACCAUUGGCCAUCCGAACAUGGAUCCAGUCCUGCAGCAGGGCUCCCUUGACUUGGAUUCUCUAGCAGAAAGCCCCGAAUCUGACUUCAUGUCUGCUGUUAAUGAGUUUGUGAUUGAAGAGAACUUGACCUCUCCUAACCCCAUCAGUGACCCUAUCAGCCCUGAAAUGAUGGUCGAGUCGCUGUACUCUUCAGUCAUCAAUGCUAUUGACAACAAGCGUAUGCAGGAUACCACAACACUAGAGAGGGAGAACUCAAGGAUCACGGUCCUCAAACAAGUUAUUGACAAGUACCGAUCAGCGGCCGAGGAGUCCCAUUCCAACUUAAGAAGUGUAAAGGAUGACCUCUGUCACUUAAGAGGCCUGGUGUUAAAAGAACAACAUGACUUUGGCUUUGUCUUGAGGAGUUUGACUACAGAGGUGCGCAACAUUGUGGACAGCAUCUGCCAGACCCAUGAACUUGAACUGAAGGAGCAGCAUCAAAGUGAGCUUCUCUCCCUUAGGCAAGAGCUUGAGAAGCAGGUUCACACACUAGCAGAGGAAAACCAAGUAAACCAGAACAUUGUCAGAGAUGUCCAGCGCGCAAUGCUAGAGCUGGAGGGGCUUAUGGAGCGCAAAGAGAAAGAACUUGCUCAGCUCGAGAAUGACAAAGAACGAUGGGCUGAAACAGAGAGUAACCAGACAGAUAGGAUCAAAAACCAAGAACAGAUGAUCAGUAAUCAAGCUGGAGAGAUCAAGACGCUCUCGGCUUCAAUAGACUCUUUGACCAGCCAGCUUAAGAAUCUGCACUGUGAGAUUGAACAUAGCCAGCAGAAGAUCCGGGAAGAGUUGGAAGUGGUUGAGCAGUCCCACUUGAAGGAGCUGGAGGACAGAAUGAAGCAGGAACACAAGGCAGAACUGGAGACCAUUAUUAAGGGUAACCAGGAGGCUCUUGAACAUCUGGCUGCUGAAAAUUGUGCAAAAUUAAGUGAGGCAGCUGAUCACCAUGCUAGUGCGCUUAGAGAGAAGGACAACCAAAUGAAGGACCUGGAGACUCGAAUUACUGAGCUGGCAGAACUUCGCUGCAAACUAGAGGUGGAGCUAGCCCUCAAAGAGUCAGAGACAGAAGAGGUGAGACUCUUAUUUGAGGAGGCCAAGAUGCAGCAGGCUGAGGCUGUGGAGUCCCAGGUGGAGGCUAAGACCAAAGUCCUUAGCGAAGAGCUGGCACAUUUCAAAAAACAGCUUCAGGUCAAAAAUGAGGAGUAUGAAGUGGAUCUAGCAGAGCUGAGGACUCUCAUGAGGAUUGAGAAGGACCACUGCAUCUCAGAGCUGGUGGACAGACACGAGGAGGAGACUAUUUUGUUGCGCAAUGAGCUCUCUUCCCUGCAGCAGAAAACCCAGGAUGCUGAGAGGAACAAUGCAGAGCAGCAGCGGAAACUUAAGCAGGAAUUAGACCAGCGAGUGGCUGCUCUAAGUGAAGAAAAAGAAGAGCAGCUGAGGAGUUUCCAAGAACGGGAGCAAGAGUUGAGGACUGUUAUCAGCAAUUUGCUGGCAGAAAAAGACUUGCUCUCCAAAAAACUAGAGCAGGACAGAAAAGCAAAUGAGAAAGAUUUAGAAAAAGAAGAGGCAUCGAAGGCUGCAUCAUUAGAUUCCUUUAAAGAGUUAGAGCAACAAAAGGAGGAGAUAGAGAAGAGACUGUUAGACAAAAUUAGACAACUUGAAAAAGAGCUUCGUGAGACAAAAUCCUCAAAAAGUGAUGAAGGGUUGCCGCUGCAUGCUGAGGGGUGUGCAGAUGCCGGAGCACCUCUGUCUCUAGACUCGGCACUACAAGAGCGGCUACAGUUCCAGUUGGAGAUCCUGGAGAAGCAGAAGAACGAAGAGAUACAGAACCUUAAGACAUCACUAAUCGCAGAGCAGCAGACUAAUUUCAACACUGUUCUAACUCGAGAGAAGCUGAAGAAGGAGCAGAUCAUUAGUGAGCUCACAGAGGAGUUGCGGAAAGUUACCCAACAGCAAGACAAGGAUAAGGGUCUGAUAGAGACACUCUCCGAGGACCGAGCUAGUCUCAUGCAGGAGAAGAAACACUUGGAAGAAGAGCUUAACCGCCUGCGCAGCACUGCACUGGUCUCCUCUGCGUUCUUCACUCCCAACCCGUCAGCUCAGGAGGUCACAGAAGCUGGAGCUGCAGCAGCUCGAGUUCUGCCUGUUGCUGGGCCUUUUUCCUCUGAGUCCAUGGCUGAAAGUGACAGACUGGCCUCUGUGGCAGCCAUUCGAGAUGAUGAACAUGUUGAUUCAGCGGUGGAAGCCAGCAUGGUGACAGUCCAUGAUAACAUCCUGAUAUCAGAGGAGAAACAGCGGAUACUCUUACUUGAGAGGACUUUACACAUGAAGGAAGAAGAAAACAAGCGCCUCAGUCAAAGACUGAUGUCUCAAAGCAUGUCGUCUGUGUCGUCACGGCAUUCAGACAAAAUCGCCAUCAGAGAUUUCCAGGUAGGCGAUUUGGUUCUAAUCAUCCUGGAUGAAAGGCAUGACAACUACGUGCUGUUCACAGUUGGUCCCACCCUCUACUUCCUCCACUCAGAGUCUCUCACUGCACUGGACCUCAAACCAGCAUCAGGGACCUCAAGGCGGCCGUGGGUACUUGGAAAGGUGAUGGAGAAGGAAUAUUGCCAGGCAAAAAAGGCCCAGAACAGGUUCAAGGUUCCUUUAGGAACCAAGUUCUACAGAGUGAAAGCUGUUCCAUGGAACAGAAAAGUAUAAUAGCCAAGUAAUGAGCUAAAAUGUAUAUUUAUAUUGCUUAAUUUUUGAACAGAAACUUCACAUCAUAAUUCAUGACUUGAAAAUUGAAAGACCUUCAAAAUGGAAAGAAUUAAGAGAGUCAUCAUGCUAUUUUGAGUUUCAGUUGAAAAUCCCACCUGCUACCACAUUUUUGUUUUCUUUUAAACCCAGAUUUGUUAUUGUGGACCAAAUGCUAUUAACUUUAUUAGGGCAUUGCCCUGUACACUGUGGCAUUAUGCCAUUUGCCCUGUGUUUAAAAUUAACAAAAUUUGGAUGGUAAAUAUUAGUUGUCAUUAUCAGCAUUUGUCCUUUUGUGGAAAAUACUGUCAUUAUCAACAUAAUUAAAUAAAAAUAUACAUUUAUUAUAAAUGUUUAUGGAGGAAUGUUCAUGGCAUGCAUAUUGAUAUAUUUUCUUUGAUUUACUUAUCCAGAUAAAUGUUGUAGUUGGAAAUGUAGUUAAUGCUGUUUGUUACUCACAAAAGCAGUGUGGCCCUCUGUCAAUACUGAAAUGUACAUUAUGGCUGACUGAUGGAAACAGUCAUCUUUGCAAUCCUUGAAAUGCACUUUCAAAAACAAUGCUUUUUGUUGAUUUGAAAAGGGAAGUUAAUUGAGCUGUCAGAACUAAGUAAAUAUAUCAGCACAAACUUCUCACUAUUAUAGAAUAUUGAUAUGUAGAAAGGAAUACUUUGUGACUGUGUUUCAUUAUCAGAGGACAUUGUACAUUACCCAUCAAAUCACACAUGUAACAAAAAAUGACUGUAUUGUAAAAGAUAGAGUUUUGAAACAAUAAAGGAUUGAUCCCAAACAUA